AUGAAGACCAUCGCAACCAUCCUGGCCUCGGCCACUCUCGUGGCUGCCCACGGCUAUGUUGAUUCCGCCGUCAUUGGCGGGAAGAACUACCAGUUUUACCAGCCCUACGUAGACCCCUACAUGGGCGAUGACAAGCCCGACCGCAUCUCCCGCUCGAUCCCCGGCAACGGCCCCAUGGUCGACGUCGACUCAAUCGACGUGCAAUGCAACCAAGGCGCGGAGCCAGCCGCACUGCACGCACCUGCGGCCGCCGGGUCCGACGUGACGCUCAACUGGACUCUGUGGCCCGAGAGUCACGUUGGUCCCGUGCUGACGUAUAUGGCGCGGUGUCCUGACGGGGGAUGUCAGGACUGGUCGCCUGGGGAGGCAGCGGUCUGGUUCAAGGUCAAAGAAGGCGGCCGUGACGGUACCUCCAACACCUGGGCCGACACCCCCCUCAUGACCGCCCCCUCAGCCUACACCUACACCAUCCCUUCCUGCCUGAAGCCCGGCUACUACCUAGUCCGCCACGAGAUCAUCGCGCUGCACUCCGCCUACGAAUACCCCGGCGCCCAGUUCUACCCAGGCUGCCACCAGCUGGAGGUCACGGGCGGGGGAUCGACGGUCCCCUCGUCGUUGGUAUCCUUCCCUGGCGCGUAUAAGGGGAGUGAUGCGGGUAUUACGUAUGAUGCCUAUAAGGCUACCGCGUACACUAUCCCCGGCCCGGCCGUGUUUACGUGCUAG